AUGGAGGUGGGGUGGACCAUCCUCCAAAAUCGCAGUAAGGGGCACAACGGAAGGACUCGGAGGAAGGAGCAUUAUGGCUUGUCUGAUGAGAAGGGAAGGAAUCAGGAGCAUCUCACUUCCUUUUUCUUUACAAAUUUCCUGAGAUCUUAUGGCGCGAAGGAGAUGUGGCAUGAGUUCAGUCGUCACGUAAAUAUCAAGGAAGUGUUUAUUUCGGUGAAGGUGGACAAACGCGGUGAGAGGUUAGGCUUUGCUCGAUUCUCGGAAGUGAAAGAUGCAAGGAUAAUGGCUCUAACCUUGGAUAAGAUUUUUAUACAAGGGAGAAAAAUUAUGGUUAAUCGUCCUCGUUUUCAAAAGGGCGUAUGGGAAAAAAAACAAGUAAAUGUAUCAAGGAGGCAUAGAAUAGAGGCGAAUGAGAGGAAACCUGCUUUUCAGCAGAGGAGGUGGGAUCCAGGCGCUAAAAAGGGUGCAGAACAAAAUGAAGGAAGAACUAAAAGUAGUCGUCCAUCUGUGGACUGUAUCUUCAAAGCGUGCCCAAAAGUGAAGGAGGGGUUAGAGCGUUCUUUUGUGGGGCGUGUAAAGCGUAAGGGGGAUGCAUAUAUAACACAGAAGAAACUUCAUCUCGAAGGGAUCUUUGGGAUUCGAGCAACUCUAAUGGGUGCUUCGAUGGUUUUACUCGAAACGGAAGACCCUAAAUUAGUGGCAAAAUACAUCAGUGAUAAAGUUGAAUGGGUAAAUGAAUGGUUUGAGGAAGUGUUUCAGUGGUCUCGGAUUUUAGACAAUGAACGUCUCGUUUGGUUAAAAAUUUACGGGGUGCCGGCGCAUGGCUGGUCAGAGGAUUUUUUCAAAAUGCUAGGUUCUAUCUACGAAAAAUUCUUGUAUGUGGAUGACCCAACCAAGGACAGGGUACGCCUAGAUUUAGCUCGUUUGGCGAUUCGUACUAACAUCCAAGACAUCUUAAACCACACAGUGAGAGUAGAAAUCGAUGGGGUUAUAUAUCAAAUACGUAUUGCUGAGGAAGGAAUGGAGAUUUCAGAGGUGUCGUAUGAUGGCAGAUGGUUACACGGUGUAGAGGAGGUUAAGGGGGCAGUCAGAGAUCAUUUUCAAAGCUCCUUUAAAAAGGAAUAACAUAAUAGGCCUUUGUUGGAAGGAAUCUCUUUUCCUUCUCUCUCGAUUAAUGACCAGAACACCAUCUCCUCACCUUUUACUAGAGAGGAGAUUAGAGAUGUUGUGUGGAGUUGUGCAGUGGGGAAAAGUCCGGGGCCAAACGGAUUUGGGUUUGAUUUUUUCAAACAGAAUUGGGAGCUAGUGCAGGAAGACAUAUACCAAGCAGGGAUCCGCUUGGAACUUCCGUCCUCUCUGGGUCAUUUGUUUUUCCUCCUCAUGAGCAUGUUUCUUGGUAAAGCAAAAAGAAAAUGGAGGGAUAUUUUUUGGCAUGCAACAAUUUGGGUUUUUUGGACCAACAGGAAUGAAAUUGUUUUUAAACACAAAACGAUGUUGCAUUUUGAUUUUCUUUAUCAAAUUAAAAUUAUUUCCUGACAUUGGUGGAUGUUUAGGAAUGAUUGUAGGCCAGGUUUUACUUUUGCAUCUUGGUGUAUUGACCCAUGACUUUGUAUUUUGGAGAGUUAGCUAGUGGGUUACUAAUGUAUUUCCUUUUAAGUUUAGGCAGUUUUGCUUAUGGGAGAUCCGUGUUCUACUUUGUGUAGAACUUUUGUAUAACCUAUUUUAUUUUUUUAGUUUUAUUAAUAUAUGAGA